AUGAAACGUCACUCUACAUUAGACGUAACUUUAGGUGACCAACUCAAACAAAACAAAAGUGAUGAUGAUGAAGCGGAGGUUCUAGCUGUUCAUCACGUUACGAUCAAAGAGCUCGACGAAGAGGAACCUUUCGAGGAGGAGGUUCAUGAUGCUCCUGCCGCAUUAGAAGAUAGAGGCCAAGCGACUGUUGAUGAACUAAAAGAACUCAAUCUUGGCACAAAUGAAGACCCAAGACCUAUCUUCGUUAGUGCACUUUUGAAUCCUAGUGAAGAGGAGUCCUAUCAUCAACUGCUACUUGAGUAUAAAGAUGUCUUUGCUUGGAUAUACAAGGAGAUGCCAGGCCUUGAUCCGAAUGUUGCUGUCCAUCACCUUGCAGUCAAACCUGGAACACGCCCAAUCAAACAAACUCAACAUCGCUUCCGUCCGAAGCUCCUAAGUCAAAUCGAAGCCGAAUUGACAAGUUGA